UUUUCUCACUUGUAAGUCAUAGCUUCUCUGUAUUUUCUUCCACCUCCUCUGCGCAACUUGUUUUUCUCUUUGUUCCCAUUUUCACAUUCUCUGAUAUUUUAUAGGCCUUAUAUCAAAACCAUUUAGGGCUGUUUAGGGGAGAUUUAAGUCCAUGGCAGUGCUUUUUCUUCUGCUCCUUUUAGCAAUUUCUGGAGUCACAGCUGAUGAAGGUGCAUAUAUUGGUGUCAAUAUAGGAACAGACCUAUCAAACAUGCCUCACCCAACUCAAGUAGUUGCUCUUCUUAAAGGCCAGAAUAUCCGGUAUGUCAGGCUAUAUAAUGCUGACCAAGCCAUGCUAGUUGCUCUUGCUAAGACUGGGAUUCAGGUCAUGAUCUCUGUCCCCAAUGAACAGCUGCUUGGAAUUGGACAGUCAAAUUCAACUGCAGCCAAUUGGGUCUCAAAGAAUAUUGUAGAACAUUAUCCGGCCACCAACAUUACUGCGGUUUGUGUUGGUUCUGAGGUCUUGACCACGCUACCAAAUGCAGCAUCAGUGCUUGUCAAUGCCAUGAAGUUCAUUCACUCUGCUCUUGUGGCAUCCAAUUUAGACCACCAGAUCAAAGUUUCAACACCCCUUUCUUCCUCUAUAAUCCUUGAUUCUUUCCCACCUUCCCAGGCCUUCUUCAAUCGCUCGUGGAAUCCAGUUUUGGUUCCCAUGCUUAAUUUCUUGCAGUCUACAGGCUCAUAUUUCCUGCUCAACAUUUAUCCUUAUUAUGACUACAUGCAAUCAAAUGGUGUCAUUCCACUGGAUUAUGCACUCUUCAAGCCUCUACCUCCGAACAAAGAAGCUGUUGAUUCUAACACACUAGUCCAUUACACCAAUGUCUUUGAUGCUAUGGUUGAUGCAGCCUACUUUGCCAUGACUUUCCUAAACUUCACCAAUAUUCCUGUUAUAGUGACUGAAACUGGGUGGCCAUCAAAAGGUGAUGCCAAUGAGCCGGAUGCAACUUUAGAAAACGCCAACACUUACAACAGCAAUCUGAUUCGUCGUGUGCUAAACCAAACUGGAACUCCUAAACGCCCUGGGAUUGCUGUCAGUACUUACAUUUAUGAGCUCUAUAAUGAGGACACGAAACCUGGGCCAAUCUCAGAGAAGAAUUGGGGAUUGUUUGGUGCCAAUGGCGACCCUGUUUACAUAUUACGCUUGGCAGGGUCAGGUUUGGUGCUAGCAAACGAUACCACUAACCAAACUUACUGUACUGCUAAGGAUGGUGCUGAUCCAAAGAUGCUGCAGGCUGCUUUAGAUUGGGCUUGUGGACCUGGGAAGGUUGAUUGCUCAGCAUUGUUGCAGGGGAAACAAUGUUAUGAGCCAGACAAUGUGAUUGCUCAUGCAACUUAUGCUUUUGACACUUACUAUCAUCAAAUGGGGAAGGCUUCCAAUGCGUGUAAUUUCAAUGGGGUUGCCUCAAUCACAACCACUGAUCCAAGUCAUGGUUCUUGCAUUUUUACAGGAAGCCUUGGCAUGAAUGGCACCAUGGUGAACAUGACGGCCCCAUCUCUGAACUCCACAACUUCCAAUUCUUCUACUCACAAAAUUUACGGCAUCGGAUUUACAGAUUUAUUAAUGUUAAUCAAGGUUGUGCUGUGGUGUGUAAUUUUCUUUUAGGUUGGUGUUUGUAUGUGAGGAAUCUUUUUACAAUUUAGUGGAAAAGUUUUGAAAUUAUUUUGGACUUCGCUAGGGGGUUUUCUUUUCCCCUCAUUUUGGAGAUCUAAAUGAUGACCUGGCUACACUUCCUGUAAAUAAAGAAAUCAUAAGAUUGAUAAAACUUUGCUUGAGGAAAUGAAUUGAGAUUGGAGCAAAGAGUUCAUGAGGUAAUAUGACAAAAAUAGGAAUGGUAAUUUAAAAGUCGAGAUUUUGUAAAAAAGGAGGAUAAAAUUGUUGGACAGAAGACCAAUAUCCACAUUCAGCACAACUGCAUAGAAAGCAGAUAAGAUGCAAGUAUGUUAAGACAUACAGAUCAAGAUGAGUCUAUCGAAUUCAUCAGAAAGCUGACAUAAAGAUGCAUUAAUUCU